AUGUCAUACAAGAAUAUUUCUCACCGCAAGCAGCUUCAACUCGAUGCGCAGAUACCACAUCAGUGGCGUCUGGAAGUCUCGCAGAUUCCACCCGGUCUGCUUUCUCCGGCCGACUCAAUCACGAGCACGAGCCAAUAUGAAGCCAUCAAUGUCAUGGACAUUCCGCGGACAUGCGGGCUUCUCACAUCAGAUGAGUUGCAUAUCACCGAGCAAUACGAUGUACGCUCCUUGCUGGGUGCCAUUCGUGAGAGGAAGUUGACUGCAAAGGAGGUAGUCCACGCUUUUUGCAAGCGAGCCGCAAUUGCACAUCAACUCACACGUUGCCUCACGGAGCCUGUCUUCACGCAAGCCCUUCAGCAAGCCCAGAAGCUCGACGACCAUCUUCAACGCACCGGCCAGCCCAUUGGUCCCCUACACGGCCUCCCUGUUUCCAUCAAAGAUUCAUUCCACAUCACCGGCGUAGACUCCACCACUGGCCUUGCUGCCCUAGCCUUUCACCCAGCAGCCCAAAGCUCGCCGCUCGUCAACCUCCUCACCUCCCUGGGCGCUGUCAUUAUCGCAAAGACCAACGUCCCUCAGACCAUGGGCGCCCUCGACUCCUGCAACCACCUGUUUGGCCGGACGCUCAAUCCACUCAACCGUCGCUUGACCGUCGGAGGCAGCACGGGAGGUGAGGCGGCUCUCCUCGCAAUGCGCGGGUCGAUGGUCGGCUUUGGCACCGAUAUUGGCGGUAGCAUCCGGAUUCCCGCCAUGUGCACCGGGCUGUACGGAUUCAAACCCAGUGCCGGUCGCGUGCCGAUUGCGGGAAGUCAAGAGGCAGGCAGCAUGGCCGGCAAGGGGAGGGUCAGUCUUCAGUCGGUGGCUGGGCCUCUGGCCCGCUCAGUCGCGGAUCUGGGGGUCGUGAUGGCCGAGAUUGUGCCUCGCACGGAGCUCUUCAGUGAGGAGGGAAUCCCAGGUAGAUGGUUUGGUAGUAGCCUUCAAUCUCCCUCUGGAAAAUGUAAAGGUUUCACUGUCGGAAUCCUCCGUCGUGAUGGGCUGGUCGAGCCUCUUCCACCUGUCGCCAAGGUCAUCGACGAGGUAGCACAGUUACUGCGACGGACGCCCGGAAUCAGGGUCGUGGAGAUCCCUGUGCCUGCCGCUCUGAGCAAAUGCCAAGGUAUUGCUGGUCGACUGAUGGGGGUUGACGGGGGCAACCCUAUGAUGGAUCUGCUGGAGAGCACCGGGGAGCCCUUGAUACCCUGGCUGAAGGGCCGGAUGAAGCGGGGUCGGGAAAUGACGCUCGCGCAGGUAGGCGAGUUGCAAGCACAACGAGCCCAGGUUGAGCGGGAGGUGCUGCAAAUAUGGACGUCUCGGGGGGUCACAGCAGAUGCCAGUUAUACUCGAGACAUUGAUGCGAUCAUUCACCCGGUCGCGCCGCAUCCAGUGCCGGAAUUGGAUCGGUACAAUGCGGUUGGGUAUACUUCGUCCUGGGUGCUGCUUGAUUACCCAGCGGGCACAAUUCCCGUGCGCUCGUUCAAGGAGGAGGAUCUGGAGCUGGGGACGGAGAUGACGGCACCGGUUCUGGGGAGCUGGGAUAAGGCUAAUCGAUUGCUAUGGAACCAGAAGACUGUGGAUCGCCGAGUGUACUUGGGUUCGCCGCUGAGUGUGCAGGUCAUUACGCCCAAGCAGCAUGACUACGAGCUCGUCCAGGCCAUGGAGCUGAUUGAUCGAGUUGUGAGGGGAGAUGUGCAAGUUCCUGCCAUGCUUUGA